AGGUUUUUAACUCUUUCAAUUUAUUCUCCAAAACUCGGCUUCAUGAUUUCCAGAUGACCAGCAAGAGAAUGGGAGAGAGCUGGGGAGAAAUCUCUUUAAACUCAAGGGAGUUGGAACACACUGCCUGACAAUGUGUUCGGAGGUGGAUUCUAUUGGGGCCUCACCGACAUUUCUGUUUCGGACCUGCUGCAGUGUUCCAGAAUGUUGCUGAGGAACCUGUGGAUUGUCGCCAGACUUGGCCGACCGGUAAAUCAUGGCCGUCUGUUUCAUGGAGGCCCGAACAUGUGGGAGAGUUGUACUCAGCCACAGCGACUCACAGCAGCCACAAGACCAGGCUCUGUAUUCAGGACAGGGGAAAUGGAUCCUGGACAUCACAACGAACAGCACGAAGGGCUGCACUACACCAUCUCCCCCAGUGACCUGAAAACGGUCUUCCCUCACGGCCUGACUCAGCGAUUCCAAAAGCAGAUUAAGACUUUCAAUGAAGCCUGUAUAAUGGUCCGACGACCAGCGCUAGAGCUGUUGGCAUGUCUAAAAGCUGCCAAUUACUCUCACCCAGCUAUUCGAUAUGUUGUCUAUGGUCAGAAGGGAUGUGGAAAAACGCUCACUUUGUGUAAUGCAGUCCAUUACUGCGCCAGGCAAGGCUGGUUAAUAGUCCACAUCCCAGACGCUUACCUGUGGGUGAAGAAUUGUAAAGAGCUGAUGCAGUCCUCCUAUAACCAGGCUCGCUUCGACCAGCCCAUAGAGGCCUCGACGUGGCUCAAGAACUUCAAGAUUACCAAUGAGCGGUUCCUAAAGCAGUUGAAAACCCAACAGAGGUACACCUGGAGUAAGCGAGAGGCGACUGAUGAAGGAAGACCUUUGGGUGAAGUGGUGGACCAGGGUUUAACACGAAUGAAGAAUGCCAGUGAUGCAGUGGGUGCACUGUUUAAAGAGCUGAAGGCACAGUGCUUACCUGACACAUAUCGGAUGUUGGUGGCAAUUGAUGGAGUCAAUGCUCUCUGGGGUCCAACUACCAUGAAGAAAGAAGACAGGAGCCAGGUGCGCGCAGAUGAGCUCACCCUGAUCCACAAUCUGAGGAAGCUGCUGAAUAAUGAUUGGUCUGGCGGGGCAGUGAUUACAACGCUGACUCAGACUGGAGCACUAGGAUGUGCAGGCUUAUCGCACCUGCCCCAUCAGCUACUGAGGAAGGAAGGUUUUGAUGCCAUGGAUCCCUUUGUCCCUGUUCAAGUGAUGAACUAUAGCGAGAAGGAGUUUGAGAGUUGCUAUCAAUAUUACAUAGACCGCAAGUGGAUUCAGCAUGAGAACGCUUAUACAGAAGAAGGGAAGAAAGAACUGAUCUUCCUCUGCAACUACAAUCCAAACACGUUCGAGAGAAUCUGCAGCUCCCUCUGAGCCACUCGCGUCUGAAGCACUGCCUCCUUUUAACAAAGGAAAGACCUCUUGAGCAACAUCUCAUCCUUGGGCUCACGUUACACUCUCCCUCCUCUCCGACCCCACUGUCACCCUCUAACCCUGGUCCGUACCUCCGUGAGUGGUCUGUGGGAGCCCCAAGAACUGUGCUGGAUAUUUACCCAAACCUCACGCCCCUGAGCUUUCGGGCAGCUGCUGCUGCUGGCCACUAAAGUCUGCUUUGUCGUUCGUGUCUACGCGCAACUCUCUCAGCUCAGGAACCCGGAUCACUCCCUGCACAAACCUUUGUGAUUUGGAAGCGGAGAUAUCUGAACAUUGAGACUGCUGGCCUAAAGAUUAUGCCCUGACCCUUCACCUUCCUCCACUGAUACUGUCCACUCAGUUUCUAAUUUCUGUUGUUUGUAUUCCAAUUGAACUCAGUGCAGAAAUCCCAUGUCGACAUAUGUGGGACCAGCACUGAGUAUUAACCUUCAACUGGAGCAUCGCAUUCAAGCCAUUUGAAUUGGAACUUAAAGUUUCUUCCAUAUCAUGUCAUUGCAUGCACCAUAUGCAUCUAUUUUAAUUCAUACCUAACUCCAAUUAAAAGCAGUACUCAGUG